AUGUCGUCCGGAUUUGUUAGUGGAGGCACGAUUGAGGAGCCCACCGAACGAGACGAUGAAUGGGUGAGGGCCCAGCAAGAGCUCGAAGCUGAGAGGAGACGAAAGGCAGAAGAGAGUAACCGAGAUCAAGGGAAGAGUCUCUAUGAGAUUUUGCAGCAGAAUAAGGCGGCCAAACAGGAGGCAUUUGAAGAAUCCAUCAAGCUCAAGAAUCAAUUUCGAUCGCUGGAUGAGGAUGAGGUGGAAUUUCUAGAUUCGGUUCUCGAAUCGACAAGGGCCCAAGAGGCAGCUUUGAAGCGAGAAACCAGAGAGCAAUUAGAGAUAUUCCAUCGUCAACGUCAAGAAGCAGAGAGAGCCGCCCUGGUUGACCCUGGCUCCGGAGAGUCUAAGAGUGCAGGGGCAUCGUCGCCUGCAGACGAAGAACAAUGGACGACCAGUGUCCGGAAAAGGAAAAGGGCUAAAGUGAAGGAUGCAAUCCCUGGCGUCAAGUUGAGGAAGAGUUCAUCUGCGAAUUCCGACUCAAUUGCCGCUAGCAAAGUGUUUCCAGAAGCUGGUAGCAAGGAAUCACGAAUGGCUUCGGACUCAGUAGAAAUAUCCAAGAACCAGGAGAAGCCCGAUAUCCCCGUGAACCCCGUGAACCCCGCGCAUCCCUCGAACCCCGAAGAUAUCAAGGAACCCGAGGAGCCCGAGGGCUCCGCAACUACAAGCGCUAAAGCCGCCCCCGAUCAUUCAAUCAAAUUAAAGCAGAAAGCGGUACCACAGGUCGUCUCAUCUGCACUUGGAUUGGGCGCCUACAGCUCAGAUGAUGAUUAA